AACGCGUCGCGUCGUACUUACGGUUUGAUGAAUGGUGUGAUGUGGCACUACGCUACGCUACGCUUAAAAGCGGUCUGUUGUGUGGAGUUGACGAUAACGGCAAAUAAAUACAGGAAAAUAAGAUGCUGUUUCCUUAAAGAUUAGCAUCCAGAUAGAUUCAAACACACAGCAAAUACGACGGAAUGCCAAUGUGAUUCUUAUUUACCGUAGCAACGAUUCUUUGAUGAUGGUGAUUAUGUCGGUUUUAGAACUUGUUAGCCUGACGAUUUUAACACAGAUGAGCAUUGGGGCGGGAGACUUCUUUAAUGAUGAUGCUCUCUUCCGAUUGAAGUGGGUAGACAAGGUACACCCACUUGUUGAAGAAUUUUCAGAAGAGAAUUCAGUUGUCAUGACAACAGCAGAGAAUGAGCAGUAUCGUUGCUUUUUGCCAGAUUCUGGAAGUGAAGAGAAGAAAAAGACAGCUUAUACAGGACCCUCUGCUAAAAUUGUAUUAAAACCUCUUUUCAAAUCAAAGGCAUGUGUGCUCAAGCUUGAACCAUAUUGGACGUAUGAAUUAUGCCAUGGAAAGUUUUUACGUCAAUACCAUGAAGAAAAAUUGCCAGGAAAUAAUGUGAAGUUACUUGAAUACUAUUUAGGUUAUUAUGAAGCUCCAUCAGUAGUGCCAAGUCCCUCUGACCUGAUUCCAACAAAAAAAAUCGAUGGAAAAGAUAUACCCUAUUAUGAAGUAUUGAUGUCGAAUGGUACACUUUGUGACAUUAAAGACAAGAAAGCAAGGGUAACACGCCUUCGGUACAUUUGUGACUUGCAAGGACGUAAUGAGAUGGUUAGCCUAGAGGAAGUCAGUACCUGCGAAUAUGAGGGCCUAGUACUCACACCAGCCCUCUGUUCUCAUCCAAGCUAUAAAGUUAAAGAUAUGCCAGAAAGUAAUAUUAAUUGCCAGCCGCUGACUGGUUCUCCUGUGUAUCCAUCUGGAUAUCAAAGAUUAAAUAGUGCAGACACACAAAACCAAUAUUCACCUGUUAAGCCCAAGCCGGUAAGUCAACCUCGGUCUUCAUCGCAGCCUACACCGAAGGUUUCACCUGUACCAAUACACCCUGUAGACACCUCAGUUGUGGAGUCUUUCUUGAAAGGAGAAUACUGCUUAAAUGGGGGUGGAAGGGAGUGGUGGAAAUACACAUUUUGCUAUGGAAAAUAUGUGCAACAAUACCAUGAGGAAAAAGGUGGAGUUCGAUCAAGCACAAUAAAUUUAGGAACAUGGAAUGAAGAUAUACAUAUAAAAUGGUAUCAUUCACCUGAAAGGUUAAGAACAACAAGUUUAACAACUAUCUCUCAAUUUUAUGGGAAUGGUGAUAUAUGUGAUGUUACUGGCAAAGCAAGGCAAGUGCUAGUGAAGUUGAAGUGUAAAGAAACGUUAAGGCUACCUGCAGUCUCGCUCUCAUUACACGAACCAAAAACCUGUGAUUAUAUUUUAUUAAUUGAGUCUUCCAUAUUUUGCUCUCUAAUAUCUACAGUCGAUGCCCAUGGAUUGAUUAAUUUUUCCCCAUGAAGUCUUCAACCUUACAGUAUUUUAACAUUGUAUUAGAUGAUUUUUUUAUGUGUCAACUAUUUCUAUUUUCUCAGUAUGACUACCUUCCAAUAUUCCUCUAACCAUUCAUGUUUCUUCCAGUUUGAAAAGAAAUUAUGUUGAAAUUUUAAUUGAACUUGCAUUACAAGUAUGUAUUCUGUGUGGGAUGUAGUGGGAAAAUAUAUAAAAUUAAAUGAACCUCAUACAUGGAAGAUAUUGCAUUGUAGGGAUUUUUUGUUGGUACAUAUUCAAGGCAAUUCAUUUUAUCCCUACUGGUGACAGUACUAUGGUAUUAAUUGACACUACAUCCCAACACUGUCAAUUACAGUAAUACCAUAGUACUGGUGACAGCACUGUGGUAUUAAUUGACAGUGUUGGGAUGUAGUGAGGGAAAUAAAAAUAAUUUGUGAAUUUCCUACAGGGAAGAUAUUGUACUCCAACCCCAACAAGGGAUUCUUUUUUGUAAAUUUUAAAGGCAAUUUCUUAACCCCUCUAACACUGGGCACAGUACUUUUUUUCAUUUUAAAUGUUUUUACUGUAAUUUUAGUGGCAUUUUCAGGCUCUUUGGUUUGCUCUUUUACCGUCUUCGUGACUGGUUCAUUUUGUAAAAAAAAAAAAAUUUGCCAUGAUGAUAGCAAAAGCUAUGUUGAGAGAAAUUAGACUAUGAAUUAAGAAACUGGAGUGUCAUGGACAAUUAAUGAUUUUUAACAAAGUAACUAAAAUAAAACUUGCCAAAGUCGACUUUGCCAUUCUUGAUAAAUUUCUGUCGAUUUUAUUUUACAUGCCAAAUUGUUGUGUUUUCCAUUAAUUGGCGAUCUGUUAGUCUGAUUUUAUCCAAGUCCAACAAUAUUUUAAUGCCAUUUUGGAAAUCGACUUAGGCAAGUUCAACUGUAUUUUAGCACUUUAAGUUAUAAAUGUUAUAAUUAUUAUGUUUAUGAAGGUUAAGAUUGAAGUGCACACUGUUUAUCAUAACAUUCAUGUGUAUUCUUCUGGCUAAAUGUCACUGCCUGUUUUUUAAAUAUUUAAACAUUAAAGCAAUAAUUUUCCUUCAUGUAUUUUUAAGAAAAUGUUUUUUUGAUAGUAAAUAUUGACAUUGUCCUUACCACCAUUAUUUUAUUAUAAUAAUUUUCUAUUUAUCUUAAAUAGCUACAUAAAUAUUUAGUUUGGUGUUCUAAUCAAAGCUCACUGACAUUCCACAACUGCAUUUUAUUUACAACACACUGUUGGAUACUUCAUAUAUAAUCAUUUUUAAUUCAGUAGCAAAAUGAUAUUUUUAGAGAGUUGUAGUUCUCUAAUAUUUUUAUAAUGGAACUCUCAGUAUACACAGACAUGUGUUAGAAGAAUAGUUGGUUUUAUUUUUUUUAAUAUUUUUUUUCUUUUUCUGAAUGAUCAUGUAAUAAUUCUAACAUCUAUCUUGAAUCAUGGAUAAUGCAAAUAAUUGUUUGUAGAAAAUUACUAGAAAGUGAACUGUAGAAUGAAGUUGUAUAAUAUCACAAAGAAUAUAAUUUAAAUACAAAUUUACACAGAUAAAGCCAAUUGGUCUAAAGUUCUGUGACAAAUAACUGAUUUUUCCAUAUGUAUUGGCAUGAUUAUGUGAUAUCACACCCAUAUAUAGGCAUGAUGAUGUCAUGUUAUGCCCAUAUAUGGGCAAAUUAUGCAACAAUAUGUACUGUACUUGCAAUAGCCACUGUCCAACAUCACCCUUGUGAGCACUACACACUUGUUUACAACAAUAUACACAAAAUGUCCAAUUUUUAUGAGUAAUUAUAACCCAGGAAAUUAUAAAAUUGUAAAUGUUACUUAAUUUAUUUAUAAUUUGAAAAAGGAAAUAAAGAAUAUUUUAAUCUG